GUCUCGAAGCUAAGAAGCCUAUCCAAUCCGGGAUCGAUUCGAGGAGGUGUCGUACAGAGCCUGGUGUCUUUCGUUCGACCUUUCAAGGGACUCUCCCGAGGCCAGCAUGUCUUCUGAGAAGUUCGAGCUGCGGACCGUUCCAUUUGACCCGAGGUUCCCGAACACCAACCAGACAAGGAACUGCUGGCAGAACUAUGUCGACUUCCACCGAUGCGAGAAGGUGAAGGGCAAGGGCUAUGAGCCGUGCAAGUAUUUCCAGCGGGUCUACAAGGCUUUGUGCCCCAAUGCCUGGAUCGACAAGUGGGAUGAGCAGAUAGCAAAUGACUGCUUUGCCGGCAAGAUUUGAAGUGGUGCUUCGGAACUUCAGCAUCGUCGGGAUGUAGGGUCUAAGUUUCAAUAAUACUGUUCAUGUGGAC